AUGGCUUUUGAAUGGACGGUGCAAACAGUGAAACUGUGGCACCAGGCCAAAGAGCUGCGACGGUCGUUCAGGGUUGAGAUAGAAGAACCCAAGAAGAAAACGAAGUGCAACAGGUGUCAUCGGGUGGGGCAUUGGGCGCGAGAGUGCCGACAGAAGAGGGAUAGCUCUUCCAAGCCCUCGACAUCAACAGCCUCACAGUCAAAGUCUUCACCGAAAGAAAGUGGAGCUGUCUAUGUAGCACAAGAAGCAUCCGUGCCUGCGGCACAACCGGAGUUCGUGGCUUCAGUGGGAUGUCAACAGACGUUGGUACAACAGUUCAAACAGCGUUUUACAACUCAGCAUGAGGUUUCUUCACAGUCGAUGGAACAACCUGCCUUUGAGAUUUUCUUGGUGAGCAGCCCAGGUUUUGCUGUUCUGGAUUCUGGUUGUGGAAAGACCAUCAUUGGUGAUCGUACCCUGAAACAGUUUCAGAGACUCUGGCAGGAUGAUGGGAGGUAUUCUCCAAAGUUCAAGUCGGAAACCAAUGUCUUCAAGUUUGGAAACGGUGAUCGUGAAACAACUACAUUGACAGUGAUCAUGCCGGUGGGAUUAGCUGGUCGUUUUGGAACAGUUCAGGCCGCCGUUGUCCAGGGCGACGCACCACUGCUGCUCUUGAGACCACCGCUCAAGCGUUUGGGCGCCACCAUUGAUUUCCAUGCUGAUCGACUGCAAUUGUUUCAUGGUGCCGUCGACUUGAACCUCAAGCCUAUAAUGCCGCAGGUUGAGAAGCUGGGGCUCAAGGGACUUUCUCUUGACACAUGCACUGGAUGGGAUCUCAAUGAAACCACAUUGAGCACGCAGGAGGGAAAGACCCACAACGAAAACGCACGAGUUCCAACGAAAAGAUGCGCAAGCCAUGACCACUUCCUGGGGCUGGAUGGCCUGGUGAUCGUGGAGUGCGCCGCCUACCAUGAAGAUGGAUCAAGGAUGGGACACUUUCUCUUCCAGCUUGGGCGAAGAGACCCACUCAAUUCGGAUAAGGAAGGAGGCCACACCUGGGGUGGCCAGAUGUUGGCCAUUGAAGACCCAUACUACAAGUGGUGGUUCGAGAACACCAUAGGAAAAAUGACCGACCAGGUCGAAGCCUUUGUGCACUUUUGCAUCAAACCUGAGCAUUCGUGUGAGUUCUACCGCGCCCUCAUCCAUGCAGAUGUCUUUCGAAUUGUCACAGCAGAUGAGGCUGAGAAGGCGCGAUGGUGCAGUGCUGAGAUGAGGGCUGAAGUAAAAGCCAAGGCCUUGCCGAAGUCCCUGGCACUGGAAGGGACCCCUGCUGGUGGCGAACGGGACCAGGGAAAGGAUGAAGAUCAGAAUGAUGAGGGCCCGGGCAAGCUGAAGUCGCAGCCAGCCAAGAAGAAGAAGAGAUUAAAUGAAAAAGAAGGGUCCGAAUCGUCUUCGGAUCGCAGGGAUUAUGGAAAGAUCCUUGGAAAGCGAAAGCCCCUUUCCCAGGCUGAGUCCGCGCUUGAAUUAAGGAGGGCCAAGAAGAAAAAGAAGAGGAAGAAGAAGCGAUCUGACAAGGAUAGGGAAGCCAAACAGACAAGCUCGUCAGAGGGGUCGUCAGAUGGUUCAAGCGACGAUUCUUCAUUUUUUCGUGUGGCCCCCCUUCCGGAAGGUAUCGACCGCCUCAAGAGAACCCACUUGAAGAGGCCGGGAAGACUAGCAGACUUGACUCUGCAGCGAUACCGGGAGCUUCUUUUGAGGAGCACAGGAAGGGGGGCCGAAGAGACGGAAGAGGUGAUGCCCUCGGUGGGGAGGGCCUACCUCCAACAGGUGUAUUUCGUCCAGCACCCGAUGCAGGGCCUGGGGCAACGUACGUCACGGGAAAUGAGGACAUUGAUGCUGGUGGUCGACUACCUGACGAAAAACAUGGUCCCAUCAGCCUUAGACGUCCUGCUACAAAGACAGAAGGCCUUGGAGCUGAGCGUCGAACAGCAGAGUUGGCAGCAAGCAAAUCUGUUGGAGCUUGUGGACAUGGAGGAGGCUCGAUCCUACUUCACGCAGGAGCUGAAGGCCGCGCAGUCGCAACUCAAAUCCGACCAGAAGCUGCAGGGAAAGGGGAGUUGGCGACCAUUCCGGGCGCCGGCACCUUGGAGGCAGACCGCUCAGGACGACACGAGCAAGACUCCGAAGGAUGUGAAGGAGGGCGACAACGGAAAGAGAGAUGCGGCGUCCAGAGAAUGGACAGCAGUUUUGGAAGGCUUCAGCCAGGGAGAUAAGGCCGAAGUGCUGUUGUCCAGGCUGAUGAGAAUUCGUCCGGAGUUGGGCAAUGAAUAUCUGCGGCCGCCAUGGACAGGGGCGGCUGAGGCCGUCCCUGAGCCAUUGGACCCGCCGGCGGGAGGCCGAGUCUUGGAGGAUUACAGAGGUGUAAAAAUUAUUCUGGCAACUUCAGCUUGGUGGUCUAACCCUGGAGAUGGUGGAGUCUAUGUUGGUAAUGGAUCAGCCUUCUGCCCAAGGUCGAAUUUUUGGGGUGAUGCCAAGGAAAAGAUUUCCCCCGUCACCGGACGCCUAGCCUUGGUGAGACGUCCCUUGUAUGUCGGAGCGGAGGACGAAGUUUGGAAUGCCAAAGAGCUGGUGGAUAAAUGGUGCUUGCAUGCUCAGAGCGAUGCAGCCCUACCAACUACUCAGGUUGAAGGGCUACGGGAGCUGAGGACGCUGGUUGGCGAGGGCCUCUCCGUCUGUGGCUUGGGGUUAGUGCUCAAGUACGUUCUUCUGGGUCGUCCCUCACAACUUGGGAACUACGCACGAGUGCUCCCCACUGCUGCGCUGAAGACUUUACAGGCGGAGUUGACCCCCUUGCUACCCAUGAACAUGCCAGAAGCCAGCUCAAUGGAAUUGAAAGUUGUUCGUACUCUGCAAAGACUCAAGGAGGGCUUGGAAGUUCAGCAAGGUGAUCGUGAAGAGGUACAGCGUGAGCUUUCUGAGGUGGGCAAGAGUGCUUGGGAAUGGAUGUGUGUCCUCGCACUUAACUGGGCCCACCGAGGCGUCAAGAAGGAGGAGACAUUUGCGCCGUUCCAUGCCAGCGACCAGUCCUCGGCGCAGAAGGCCGUCAUGCAGCGCAUUGUGCGUUGCGUGGCACACUUCUGUGCUGGGGAUAAACGAGUCGAGCCGCGGCAAUGGGAGGAGAUGUCUAUGAAAAGGGGUCCAGGCCACUGCGGCGGGGUGCUCCAUCAGGCUUAUGCCAUUAGCUGGGAGGCUGUUAAAGAAACCUUUUGGACCCUGACGCCCAGUGGUGACGCAAAGCGCCAGAAGUUUUCAAGGCUGCUGAAGUCACCAAAGGAAUGGACCCAAACCAGGGUAGAGAUGGUGCAUCGCACUGGAUCCAGAGAGCAAAAUCAGCAUGAAGGUCCAUUGGUAAUGGUGAAGUCAGAUGAAGAAUGGGCAACGGUGGUCAGCGAAUUGGCUGCUCGGGACAUUGUGGAAGUUGCCGACGAGGCCGGCCCAGGCGAGCAACGGAUGCCGGCCCUCGGUGGCAUCUAUGGAAUCCAUAGAUCUUGGUGUGCAACCCCGCAUGGAGAUCCGAAACGCCUACUCAGUUUGGUGUUUGACGUGGACUUGGUGAAUGUUCUCCACAAGGACCUCGCCGAGUCAUCAGAUGUGGUGUGCCAGAAUCAUGCUCGUGCCGGGCGCCUGGUGGCACAUCCUCAGGGUUUGAAGGUGGCACUCCCAGAACUUUAUGGUGGGGCAGUGGAGGUCUAUGUCCUGGAGGAGAUCUGGCGGGGUGAUUUUGUCCUUGACAAAGAGGUGCCUGCGGAGGUCUUUGGAAUGCAUUGCACCUGUGCUCAAGGUGGCAGAGGGGUGGCCGCUGUCCAUCCCCGACUUAGAUGCCUCUGCUGGCUGGCUCCAGCAUCAUCGAACCGUCGAUGGCGACUUGCAGCUUUGGUUGGGACGGCAGAGUCUUGCGAGAAGAUCGUCUUGAUGGAAGGAGAGCAAAGUGAUGACCAUAGGAGCCUGAAGCCAUGGUUCUUGCGAGUGACCGGAGCUGAGCUUCGUUUUGAAGCUCGUCUGCUGGUCGAGUUGAUUGGUGCAGCCCUUUUCCUCUUGAUGAGGGAAGGUUCAACCCAGGCAACAAUGAAAGGCAUUAGAAGCCUAACCAAUGUGAUGGUGCACAUCAGUCGGUGCUCGUUGGCCGGUGCCUCUCUCUUGCAGCCUAUGCUGGAGAGCGUUCUGGAUCGUGAGAGUAGUCACUUGUCCUUAGAAGGAAGGGACAGAUUGUGGAUUGGCCUGCUGUGCACCCUACUGCAUGGGCUACCCCUGAAGCUGAAGAUUGGCCCAGCUGUGGCUCCAGAUAAGGGGGCUAGUUCGGGAGGAGCAGCUGAAGCGUCUCCAGCAGGGCCAUGUUUCGCAGGGCGGAAGACUAAUUUGGGUGCUCACUAUGCAAAGGAGAAGAGGCACGAGGCUAUCAUGGUGAUUGAGGAGUUUGGUGGAGUUGGGAGCCUCACUGAGGCCCUGAAAUUGCUGGGUAUCUGCCCUGCAGGAAUAGUGUUUGUUGAAGCUGAUGAGAAACUCAGGCGACACUUCAAACAGCGGCAUCCUGAUGCUAUCGUCCUCCCAUCAAUCGAGAAAGUUUCAGAGCUGGAUGUCUUAACUUGGCGAAAAUGCUUCCCCAACGUGACCUUGGUGCUGCAUGGAGGAGGAUGGCCUUGCCAGGACCAAAGCCGUUUGAAUGCAAAUCGGCUUGGAGCUGACUCUGCAAGGGGAAAGCUGUUGGAGCCAAUGCUGCAGAUCUCUUCAUGGCUGAAGAAUGCCAGUGCAUGUCGGGGCUGUCUACCCUGGAAGGUGGUGGAAUUUUAUGAAAAUGUCAUGUUUGAUGAAGCUGACAGAAAAAUUGUCUUUGAGAAGAUCGGGUACGCCCCGCAUCAUAUCAAAGGAGAUCAGUUCAUGGUGUGCCGUCGCCCUCGGCAAUUUUGGCUUCGCAACUUGGAAAUCCCGUUGGGGUCCGACCUGACGAUUCAGGAGGUGCAUUGUGGAAAGCCAUAUGAGCAUUUUCUGGCAGUGGAGUGCAAGACGGAAUUGCUGAAUGUUCAAAGCUAUCUGGAAAAAGGGGCUGAACGCCUGAAGCCGGAUGCAGGCCCUUGGCCGACAUUCACCAGGCCAGUGAAAAAGGUGACUCCACCUACCAUAGCCGCAGGUCUCAAGACUGCAAGCGAAGCAGCAAAGAAUCGGUGGAAAGGUGAUGCUUAUCGGCUUCAAGUGUAUCACUAUGAAGAUGAUUGGUUGAUCAGAGACCAAACAGGUGUCCGCCGCCUGAAAGCUAUCGAAUGCUCAAAGAUGAUUGGCCUGAACUCAUGGCAUUUCAAAAACACAAAAGUGCGUUUCACAGAAGGUGAAAUGGGCCAAGCAGUGGGAAACAUGUUCUCAGUGGUGGUGGCUGCCCGCCUGCUCUGUGGGCUCCUUCCUGCGGCUCAGUCCUAUCAGGGUGACCUCACCAAGGCCAUCUGGAAAGCAUGGCUCAAGAUGGAGGAGUUGGAUGAUGAAACAGUUGAGGAGUACAGAUCCGGAUUGCCUUGGCUGCCGCCCAAGCUGCUGGCCUGUUCGCUGCACUGUCAGUUGUGCGGGUCGGCUGUUCUGGGUGGUGGUCAGGUUCAGUCUUGGAUGAUGGCCGCUCCUUCUGUUGGUCUGGGUGUUAAGUUAGCCCUGUGGCAGGCCACCCAGAGCCCGUCCAUGCUGAGCCUUACCCCUGGCAAUUCCGGACUGGGAAUCUUCGAUGGGAAUUUCGAUGCUUCAACUUUUCAAUGGAAAAGCUUGGUGCACUACAGCGGGAACCAGCUGGAACACCCUGGUGAAUGCAACUGA